CAGAUAGAUUCGUCCAAGUUUGUGGUGUACAUGUGUGAGCUGGUGCUUCCUCGGCUGUCGGAGGUGUCGUCAGCUGAUGAGAACAGCGACCCACAGCUGGACAUUCUCAAGCUGUUUGCCGAAUUGUGCACACAUUGCAAUAAAUUGCCAGACCCCUCCGCGUCUGUGCAAUGUGUCUUCAAUACGCUGCUGAGUUUCAUGCCGCCGCCACCAAUGACAGAUGGCGAAGAGCAGGAAGAACCGAAGCUGUUUUUCUCGUACGUUGAAUGUCUGAUGUACUCACUGCAUCGGCUGGCUCGGCUCUGCCCCGAAUUCCUUACACAAGACGCUGACCGACUCAAGGAUUUCAGACUCAGACUGCAGUAUUUUGCCCGUGGCAUACAGGGCUACAUCAAGAAACUGCGUGAAGCCCUUCAAGGGAAAACCGGAGAAGAGCUGAAAACCGAAGAGAAUAAAAUCAAAGUGGUUGCUCUGAAAACAACACCAACAUCAACACAUUGA